AGGGUAUCUGGCAACCCAGCUCAUGGGAAAAGCAGAAAACGCGUGCAGCCAUCAACAGAACAACAGCGGAAGGCCACCAUCUCACACAACAUCAUCAACCACACAAGAACAUGGAGGUUAUCGGCGAGACUCCGAAGAAAAGUGGAAGCGAAAGUGCACCAUGCAAGCCCACCACGUUGUUGGCCACUCAAACGGAAGGAUCGGCGGAACUAGCCGAACUGUUGAACGCCGAGGUGCCAAAGAAGGAUGAAAAGUUGGUCGCUACCCUUCGUCAACAAAUCCCGGACAUCGAUAACAUUUUCAGGAUCCAUCGUAAGAUUGGUCAUGGUACGUUCAGCUCGGUGUUUCUUGGUUCGCUCAAGUGCCACGAGAGGCUUCCGACCGAGCGCAGGAAGCUUUUCGCUAUCAAGCACGUAGUUCCCACUAGUCACCCGAGUCGUAUCGAACGGGAACUGCGCUGCAUGAUGCAGAUCGGCGGCGCAGGGAACGUGGUCGGUGUGGAUCUGUGCCUGCGGCGGCAGGAAUCGGUGGCAUUCGUGAUGCCAUACAUUGCGCACGACCAGUUUCAUCAGUAUUACGACAAGAUGGGCCCGGCGGAGGUGCAGUUGUAUAUGCGGAAUCUGUUGGUGGCACUCAAGCGAGUACAUGAGUUCAACGUGAUUCAUCGGGACGUCAAACCGAGCAACUUUCUGUACAAUCGAAAGCAACAGAAAUUUUUGCUGGUAGAUUUUGGUCUGGCUCAGGAUAUCAGUUAUCGUAAGGUCGCCAGCAAAGAAUCCUCAGGAGAUGCUGAUAAAACUGGAAAAAGACGUCUUUCUGGUGCUACUGGUCCCGACGGGAACCAUCUUGGUUGCGACGAUGUUGGCCUCCAGCAGCAGCAGAAACGGGUCAAAUUAGCUGAUGAUAAUCUGGAGAAUAGUACAACUAACCAGACUGUUGAACAGGGUGCUGUUGUUGGCGCAUCGCAAGGACAACAAGCGCCUGCAAUCUUCAAGACCCCAUUGAAACAGUCGAAUCAAAUCAUCUCACCGAUGAAGCUCUCGAAUAUAACUAAGGAUCUCUACGGCUCGCCGCUAGUUCGGCAGGUUAAGUCAACCGUGCUGGGAAUAAGUACCAAUAUUAAAGCUGCAACGCAACGUCAGCAGCAACAACAACAGGGUCUACUGAAUACAUCAGCAUCGAUUGCACCAAUCCCUCCGAAAACUGCCACGGGUGCAACAAGAAAUCUUUACCAAUCAUCUGGAGUCAAAUCGGAUGCUAUUUGCGAGUGCUUCGGUAAGAGCCAAGUUUGUAACAUCUGUCUGGUUAAGAAAGAGAUGCAAGCUUCGCGCGCCGGAACACCCGGUUAUCGUCCCCCAGAAGUACUGCUAAAGUAUCCUGAUCAAACGACCGUAGUCGACAUCUGGGCUGCAGGCGUCAUGUUCCUUAGUAUUCUGUCCCGGUGUUAUCCUUUUUUCAAAAAUUCUGAUGAUUUUCACUCGCUGGCCGAGAUCAUCACCGUUUUUGGUGAUCAGCGCAUCAAAAAGACUGCCGCACAUCUAGGUCGUCACGUUAAAACAGCACAACGCAAACAACCAUUGGACCUGCGCAAACUUUGUCUUCGUUUGCGUUUCCGUUUUCGCCGCCUCCGGACACGUCAGCAACAGCAGCAGGACCAGCAGACGGAGGAACCCGCGGCUACGUUUGCGAACAGCUGCGACAACUGUCAGCAGCGACUGGACGAAUGUUUAUGCGAACAUUCCGAAGCCAAUCGAGACUUCACCGAGGACGAAUUUUCCGAUUCCGCUUACGAGCUGUUGCGCAAGCUGCUGGAAAUCAAUCCGCACAACCGCAUCUCGGCCGAGGAAGCUCUACAACAUCCCUAUUUUCAAGAGAGCUUCUAGGCUACACUUAUACAUUUCUUGCCCGAAUCAGCGUUAGGGGCCGAUUGCUACAAAAAAAAACAUACAUAAGUAUUAUUAUUGGAGAGAUCUCCGGAACAAACCAUUAAUGCCAAUUUUUCUCUCAUAUGUAAGAGAAUUCCAUUCAUGUGAAAUCAGACGAUAGAUUACAUUUUUCGCUAGACAAAAAUAACUGUUCGUCGUAGGAUUAAUUAGCAAAAAAAUCAUGCGAAAAAAACGUGUUUCUCUAAGAGAUCUUUGAACAAAAAGACAAGUUCUUUCAUACAAAAGAAGCAAAAAUAUGUGGGUGUGUAAUUUGUUUUUAACUUAUUUAAUUCAAACCGAAAUUAUUUAUUUGAAGAAUAAAACUGUAACCUGAACGUGUACUCUGUGAGUUAUGUAAAACUAAAAAGGUAAAUGUCGUAAGGCGAGGGAAAGGAAGUAUUACAUCAUCUAUUCAAGCUCGAGGUGCUCACAACCGGCACUUGCAACAAUGACAGAGAGAUCCAGACUUUACAUGUAAGUGAAACUAAAAAAAAAAGAGGCAAUAAAUGUAAUCAAUAAGA